GGGUAGACACUUCUCAUACAAAGACUAGUCUCUAUAUGUAGCAAUUGAUAUACAACCUUAUCCCUUAAGCAAUAAAGUGCAUUUUGGAUUGAUUUCACUAUAGCAGGGGAACCCGCGGAUCAAUACCACCAUACUAAAAAUAAUUGUUUAGUGUCCUUAUGUUGGUAGUAUUGUUAGUUUGACAAAUGAAAAAAAAUGUCUGUCAAUUGAGUUUGAGUUUUUAACCGGCGAUUUGAUUCGUGUGAAGUUAUUUUCUCAGAUUUGGUGCAAUAUUACUGUAAAUAAACUUUUCUGUCGUUUACGUUGAGUUGAUUAAGUUCCUCCGUAUCGGGCGUGAUAAAGUUUGCUGUUCAGUGUUAUGUUUUUUGUGAGAUAGAGACUCUUUUAAAUAAGCUGUGUUUCAACUUCUACAGAAGUUUAAACUCUUAUUUACUUUUCUGUUUAAUGGGUAUGUUAUCUACUUACUUGAAAUAUUAGAUCUAUUACAAAUCUAUUUUUCAUUAAAAACAACCCUAUGUGAUGAAAAUGUAAAUGUACUUUCAAAACUGGUAAAUGCAUGAACCAGGGCAUUGACACUGGUUGGAGAGAAAUUAUAGGCUUUGUUUAAUUAAUACCUAUUUCAUUUUAGGCUUCUACUGAUAAUGGAGAGUAGAAACAACAAGAAGUGCGUUAUUUGUAAUAAGAGGCGAAGUCGUGGUGGAUCACCCUUACUUUUGAGUAGGUUUCCUCUGGAUUCUGACCGUUGUCGAAUGUGGGUUAAAAAUGCUGGCAUAGAAGACUUAGCAUAUGUACCUAUUGAAAAGUUACACCAACUUAAGUUUGUUUGUGGUGGGCACUUCACUCCUGAAUCCUUCAAUGCCAAAGGAACUCGGCUGAAGAACUCAGCUAUUCCAACACUGGAAUUGAGCAAUCCCAUCUUGCCAGAUGAAGUUUUGACAGAGUUUCCUCUUCAUGUAAAAGACUCCAAUAAAGAAAACCUCAAGACAGUUCUUUAUGAUCAUUCAUAUUGCAUUCCAAAGAAGUCAAAUCCAGUUGAACGAGUUCCCCUUACAACUACAACCAAACAACUAAAUUCAACAUGUUUGGGAGCUGUGGAUAUACCAGAUUCUGGUAUUUCUGCGAAAACAACUUUUGAACCUCUUCCUUCUACUUCCAAUGCACCAGAACAUAAUGACCUAUAAACCCAUUGCUCGUGAUGAUAAAAACAUUUGCCAUCAAGAUGCACAGGCAGAAAUAUUAGUCCACAGUUAUAAAAGACCUAAGAAAAACAUUGAAAUGAAAGGUAAGAUAAAACAUACCUAAUUUAAAAAACUAAGUAAAAUUGCUGAUUAAUUAACCAAUAUUCAAUUCAAUUUGCUUUAAUGUUGUUUUUUUACUAAUGGAAAUGUUUUUAUUAUUAUUACAGACACUUCAUCAACAUUUACAAUUAAAGAGAAGAGGCUUUGGCGACAGUUACAAAAUGCAAAAAAAACAAUAAGGAAUAUAGCGAAGUCA